GCGCCGCUCGCCUUCACCCGUUAGUCGCUCCCCGUCAGGCGUCGUCAGUCUGCCUGUGUUGGCUGUGGUCGGCGCUGCUGACGUCCUCUCCCCCGGCGAAGACUCCACGCUGCUUUGGGAUCGCGCGUCGCCGCCGCCGAGCGUCAGUCAUGCGCGAAGUGGACUUGAAUUCCCCGACGGCGUCGUUGGCAGAGCGUCGUCCUACGCGAGCUGUCCGAAGCAAAGCAACUUUUCGUAUUUCGGAUUCAUGAACAUGAUGCUCAUCAUGCUCGAGGUGGCGAUAAACAUCAUCAAUCUGAAUAACAAUAACGAUGAUAACAAUAACAACAAUAACAACAACAACAAUAAUAACAACAAUGUCAACGGAAGGACCAUUCGAGAGCUAAGUGAACUGCAGGAGGAACUUGGCGCAUUUCAGACGCUGGCGAAAGGCGUCCGGAAAUACGACCGAGCGCCCCCUGCCGACGAAGCGACAGAUAGCGCAGUUGGAGGCGAGGACUCGGACGCCAAUCACGCGGCGAGGGGCGAAGGGAGGCGAUCCCGUGGGCAGCGAGGAGUCCAAGAGCAGUCGUCACCCGGCAUGAGGUCAGCGCCACACAACGGGUGUCUGUGCUCACCCCAUGACGAGGAGAACGACCCAGACACCGAGGACCUUCUUCUGGAGGAGCACGACCCUUGGAGCCUCCUGUCGACCAUAGACGGAGGGCGGAAAGGAGCGGAGGGGCGCCGUGGUGUUGGCGCGUCGGUAAAGGCUAUGGCCGGAUGGAUAGGCUGGUUGAUGACGUCACAGCACUGCCUCGCUUGGCUCCAGUGCGAGAUUCGCGGCCUCCUUGUGGGGUACCUCGGCCAAAAUGGCGAUGAAGAUGGUGAUAUCGACGAAAGGGUCCUCAAAACAUGCAUGCACAAGCACACUAAAUGUCCCUUGCUCAUGCUUUCGCACAACAAUGGAUCCCGGAGUGUCUUGAAAAUAAAAAAGGAAUCCUGACCUUGGUGAAUAAUGAUAAUGAUGACAAUGAUAAAUGACGCAUUCCUUAUUUCAUGAUAUUCAUGUGAAUUUGUGUGUAUCUAUGUCACAAUAAAG